UCCCAGUAAAACAUCGGUCGACCCAGCUCACUAGUGCCAGUGAGAGAUGGAUAAGUGGAGAGGUAAGGUAGUGCUAGUGACGGGGGCUGCGGCUGGGAUAGGGGCUGCCAUAGCCACCCGACUGGUGGAGCAAGGGAUGAUCGUGGUGGGGUUGGAUAUACAGGAAGACCGGCUUAAGAAGCUAGCGGAUAGCCUAUCAAGCCAAGGUAAAAUGUACGCAGUACAGGCCAACCUCAGGAAGGAGGAAGACAUCUUGGCGGCCUUUGACUGGAUCGACAACACCCUAGGUGGAGCGGAUGUGUUGGUGAACAAUGCGGGGCUGCUCUCUAAGAGUUUCAUGAUAGAUGGAGAUACGGAGAACUGGAGAGCAGUGCUAGAAGUUAAUGUACUUGCUGUCAGUAUUUGUACCCGAGAGUUCCUCAAAUCCAUGAAGAAGAGAAAUAAUGAACAUGGUCACGUGAUUAUGAUAAACAGUGUUGCAGCUCACACAUCUCAGUACCCGAUAGGUGGGAUGUACUACGCUUCCAAGCACGGAGUCAAGGUGCUCGCGAUGUGCUUGCGGAAGGAACUGGCUGACCGGAACAGUACAAUCAAGGUUACGUGUGUGAGCCCCGGCAGGACGAGAACGGAUAUCGCUGGAACUCCUCCUCCAGAGUGGAUAGCCAUGGAGGCCAGCGAUGUUGCAACAACCGUAGUGGAUGUCCUCUCUGCAUCACCUGUCACACAGAUUUGUGAAGUUAUUAUGACACCAGUUCCAACGAAGUUUACUAUUUACUGAAGAUGGUAAAAAAGGUUAUCAUCCUUCUGUCAAGACUUCUGUAUUAUAACUUAUAUACAUAUACACAUGAUAAAUCUUCUUCACUGCUUAAA